CGCGUCACGUGAUAGAGAACUUCCCCGGUCCGUUUGUCUGUGGGCGGCUGUCAACAGUUUAUCCGCUUGGUCUUUUUAACCCCGAAAAAGCACUACACACUUCGUUUUUCUUUUAUAAUUGCCUUCUCAAGUUUCUGCGACCAUUUAUAACAUUGCACGGCCCUUUUAACGCGAGAGAGCAAUCUCCAUUGUCCUUCUUAGCACCGGAACGAGCUGUUCAUUUCGAAGCGGCGAUAAUGCGACGGUCAAAUGGCGAGAACGGAGGCUCAACCAAAACUUUCAUAGCCAGCGUAUCCCUCAUUCAAGUUCUUGGGAUAAUUGCCAUCGUUUUGACAGGGAUAUGGAUGGGGAAAUACCGCGGAGGAUUCGCAUGGGAUGGAAGUGGACAGCAGUUUAAUUAUCACCCAGUUUGCAUGGUUAUAGGCCUCGUGUAUUUGUACAGCGAAGCCAUGAUCGUGUACAGAGUCUUCCGCAAUGAGACAAAGUACACUGUAAAAUUGGUCCACUUUGCACUACAACUGGUUGCGUUCUUUGUUGCUGUGUUUGGUCUGAAAGCUGCCUUUGACUUUCACAACAAGCAAGGCUUCCCCAACAUGUACUCACUACAUAGCUGGCUUGGACUGUGCACUGUGCUCCUGUUUACAUUCCAGCUUGUAGGUGGAUUUGUAAGCUUCUUAUAUCCAAAGCUGCCUGAUGCUCCUCGUGCCUCGUACCUCAAGGUUCAUGUGUUUUUUGGUGUCUUCGUGUUUGUGUUGGCUGUGACUACUUGCCUGACAGGGAUGACUGAAAAAGCUCUAUUCUCCAUUCCGAAAACCUACUCCAAAUUUGUACCUGAAGGUGUGCUGAUUAAUACGCUGGGGAUUGUGCUUAUUCUACUGGCUGCCAUCACCGUAUUUGUGGUUACCAACAAAGAUUUCCAGAGAGAAGAACCAACAGCAGAACAAGUUGCUCUUAUCCAGAACUCAGAUGAGAAGUAGAUACUUCUUUACACUCACAUUAGCAGGGGAGGGAAGCACUCCCAAAAUAUUUGUGUUAGAUGUUGACAUUCCAUAUCUUACCGAACCCCCAUGAUAUAUUUUCUGUUACUACCUUUUAACUAAACUCUACCCACUGUGUUAUCAUUUACCAUUCCAUUUUAAUAAUUCCGUUUUUAUUUUCAAGUUUUGUUGAGAGGGAAACAAUGGUCAAUGGUUUCAAUGUCUGCCAUAAAUGAAUAUCAAAUGUAUCAUAACCAAAAUAGUAUACAUUUUUCUUAUUUUUUUAAAUGAAGCCAUUCUCAGUGAAGAAUGCAAUAUUUAUCUUGCAAUAUUCAUAGAUGCAAUACAUGGACUGUGCCUUGGUUAAAGGGCUUAGGAAACAAAUUAAAGGUAUUCUUGUUCAUAAAAGAUGGCUUUAGUGGCAGCAAAGCAAUGUUCAUAACUAAUAUUAUACCAAAGUGGAAAAAAGCCAAAAAUAUAAAUCAAACACACUGUCUACAGUUUAAAGUACAUAGUCUGGGUUUAUAUUUUUUCAUUAUUUAUCCAGGCCCCUUUUGCUUGAUGCAGCCCAUUUAUGUAAAUAUCUAUGCAAUAUUUAUGUGAAUUUAUUUUUCUAAUUAAGAAAUGCUGUAUUUAUGUGAAUAUCAGAUGACAUUGACUUCUCUGUGUUUUAUUUUGAACAUUGUCAUUCUCAGGGAAGAGUACAAUAUUUAAUGUCACAAAUUAGCAUCUAUGUUCACUACAUACUUUUGCUAUGAAGCAAGUUAGUUUUUUGUAUGUGAUAAAAGAAGUAUUAAGAGCCCUAGAAUGGGCAGUUUGAUUUAGCAUGAAAAGUGUGAAGGGCUAAACAAUAUGUAGUAUCUACUUUGAAUGAAUUUCCGAUUAUCCAAGCUAAGGUUUUCGGGGCUCACUUUAUCUUACAGUGUCAUACAUAGAAAUAAUAAAAUAACAAAGCAGUCCUCUCUAUUUGGGACCACUCACACAGGCAUUAUUUCCAGUCCUUCUCUCUGUCCUGCCCUGUUUUUGUCUAAAAUGGGUUGGGGGGGAUGCUCCCCCUGGAUGCAGCACUUUCAUUACAUUACAAACAUCAUUGAUUGUAACCAUAAUGAUAACUUCAAAAAGAGUAAGACUUAUCCGGCAAUGGGGGGUAUACACACAGUUAUUGGUGUAGUGCUCGUUUGACACCACAAAGGACUCCGCUUCACACCACAGGGCAUGUUAGAUAAGGGCAGCUAUGAAUUGUAAGCAAUUAGGUGAUAAAAUUUAUGUGGUGAUAAGGCAGUGUUUGUUGAAUACCCUGAGUGUGAUAGGUUUUUGACUCAGUGCACCUUAAAAUUUCAAGCCCCCCAUUAUCUUCCCUCCCCCCUCAGGGCAUUAAAUGAACACUCUAAUUAACCAAAAUAUUUUUGUAAUAAGGGUAAGACAUGAAAAUAAAUGAUGAUGAUGCAUGUA